GGGGUGCGCGGAACGGGGGCGGUGACAGCGCUUUUGUGCAUUUUCAGGUGACACGCGCUGAAGCGAUUCGAAACUCGGUGGCGAAAGUCGCGUGCAAGGCGACCGGCCUCGGACAGAUGAUAGCCACGUUCGAGGGAGGGCUCGAACACCCCAGCCCGAACACAGAGGGCGGGAUGUACUGUUUGAACGCGGCGUGCCGCGACUUCGGCACUCGCAACGGAGAUCACCUGCUGCUCAGUCCGCGCAACGGCCAAAUUCCAUCGAAAGCACGGUCAACAGCACCCGCUCCCGAUCUUCGUACGGCG